AUGAAGCGAAAACGUCAAGAACGAAAAACCUCAGAAGAACGUGAUAUUUACCUCGGAAACAGACGUAAGAGGGAUCAUCUGCGCCGGGAACGGGAGACUUCAAAAGAACGUGAUGAUCACCGAAAAAAGGAUAGGGAAAGAAAACAAAGACUUCGAGAACGGGAGACUUCUAAUGAUCACAAUUCUCGACUUAAAAAAAACCGUAAGAGACACUAUCAGCUUCGUGAGCGAGAGACCUCUGUUUCAAGCAGAACCUUAUUCUAG